AUGACGAUGAAGCAAGGAAGCACGCACAGACUCAUAUUCUGGACCAAGCUUCAUCAAGAGUUGAAUGAACCGAAAGUGCUCAAUCUUGGCCUAAUAUCGAUGCUGCAAAUAAUCCUAAGCUUUCUUGACAGUGUUCAUGCGGCGAGGUUGAAUCUGAAUGGACUUGGAAGAGCUUGGGCAAAUGAGCUGAGCCGUGAUUGGACAUUAGCGGCGGCUGCAGACUGUGGAAAGCUGUACAGCGAAGCCGAGCGGAGGGUGGCUCAGCUUGUCGAUGGAGUCGACUGGUGCCGUGACGACGCGGUGGCGUGGCUCGGCGGCGUCUUGGCUAGCCACGCUAGCUGCUUGGAUGGGCUUGAGGAAUCUGGGCGGUCGGAUGAAGUGCAUCAUCCGACGGCUGAGAAUUUGACACGGGUGAGUAAGGAAGCGCUGGCGGUUGCUUGGAGAAGAUGGAAGGGGAUUUGUGGAAAUAAAAAAGAUUUGGGGAGAAGUGUAAGUUCGGAGGGAUCGGAAGGGAUUCUGGCGGCGUGGAAUCCGGCGACCUCGAAGGCGGACGCCGUCGUGGCUCAGGACGGAUCGGCGCAGUAUAAGAUGAUUGGCGAUGCAGUCGCGGCGGUCGGAGGGAAAUGGGCGGACCGGAGAGUGGUGAUUUAUGUGAAAUCGGGGGUUUAUAAUGAAAGAGUGGAGAUUGGGAUGGAGAUGAAGAACCUGAUGCUCGUUGGCGACGGAAUAGAUAAAACUAUCGUCACCGGGAAUCGGAACGUCCGCGACGGCGCCACCACGUUGAGUUCAGCGACAUUUGGUAUUUCCGGCGACGGAUUUUGGGCGAAGGACAUAACCUUCGAGAACACGGCGGGGCCGGCGAAGAAUCAGGCGGUGGCGGUCCGAUCGAGCUCCGAUUUAUCAGUUUUCUACCGGUGCGGAUUCCGAGGGUAUCAGGACACGCUCCUCGUCCACUCGCUCCGCCAGUUCUACCGCGACUGCCAGAUUUCCGGCACGGUGGACUUCAUCUUCGGCGACGCGGCCGCCGUGUUUCAGAACUGCGAAAUUCUCGUCCGGAAGCCGCUGGAGCACCAAUUCAACACGGUGACGGCGCAGGGGAGAGACGAUCCGAAGGCAAACACGGGGAUUUCGAUCGUAAACUCGCGGAUCGCGGCGGCGGAGAAUCUUCAGGGGGUUGAGAGCUACCUCGGGCGGCCGUGGAGGAUGUAUUCAAGGACGGUUGUGAUGGAGACGGAUCUGAGCGGAGUGAUCGCCGGAAAAGGGUGGAAGGAGUGGAAUGGGGAUUUCGGAAUUUCGAGUGUGUAUUAUGCAGAAUAUAACAACACCGGAGCUGCGGCGGAUACCGCCGGCCGGGUUUCAUGGCCGGGAUUCCAUGUGCUCACGGAUUACGGCGAGGCUAAUGGCUUCGGCGUCGCGAAUUUCAUCGGCGGGGAUUCGUGGAUCCCGGCUACCGGCGUGCCUUUCUGGGGUGGACUGUAAAAGGGUUAGGGUUCAACUAUUGAUCAAAAGUAAAAGUAGCUUCAUGACUUAAUUUUUUAUGGAGGGAGAUUGCAUUAAAGAAUUAUUUUUGUUGAUUGUGAAUUUUUUAUCUUUUACUUUUAAAUAGGAAUAAAGGUAUAUGUAUUGACGUUAUGGUUACACACAUGACGCAUCAUAGGCAUAGCGGGCCAACAAUAGGUCUUGCCUAGCCUACCAUGUAUAUGGCUUGUUUUUGUUGGA